AUGCGGACUUAUUCCCUCUCUCUCUUCGCCUGCAUCCUCUGCUCCGUCUUCUACCAGUACAUGGAAGAUCGCCGACUCCGUCUCAGGCUUCUCUCCUCUCUCAACGCCAAGAACCUCUCCACAACCCCACAAGCUGCGACGAUCGACACCCCUCUCCUCUACCCUAAGCUCGUCGCCGUCGCCGGAUGGUCCAAAUUUGCCGGCGCCGUAUUAUUUGGGAUCAACUCGGCGAUCGGGUACCUCUUGAUGCUUUCGAUCAUGUCAUUUAACGCCGGAGUCUUCAUAGCUGUCGUCGCCGGGCUCGCCGUCGGGUAUUUGUUGUUCAGGAGCAGCGAUGACCAAGAUCUGGUCGUCGUUGACAAUCCUUGCGCUUGUGCUUAA